CUCUCGUUUGUGAGAAUAGAGAUUCCAUUUCAGCAAAAUAUAUAAAUAAAAUAAAAACAUAGUGUUAAGAGCAUCUCCAAAGACGAGGAGGGUUUUGUUAGUAUUUUCAGCUUUUUGGUUUCCAUGGAACCACGGAGAAACCCAAAUCGUAGAUUCCCGUCAAGCUCUUCCUCUUCCUCCAACUCCACCGAUGAAGAGAUAAGUUUAUACUUGAAGAUCAUAAAGACAGUAGCCUUAAAGUUUGAACGGAAUGGAACAAUAAGCAAUCUCAAAGCAUUAUUACGUGAGAAGGAAGCUCUUUCUGAGAAUCAUCAGGAGCUCUUUUUUGCUGGUAAUCAGCUGGAGGAUGACCAAAGGCUAGUGGAUUAUGGUAUUGAGCAGGGCUCCACUCUCCACCUUGUUCUUCAGAAUUUAGCUGGACUGAAGAUAUUUAUUAAAAUACCAUCAGAUCAGAGAACCAUUGAAAUUGAAGUGAGGACUUGUGAUACCGUCCAAAACAUCAAAUCAAUUAUUCAAGCCAAGGAAGGGAUUCCAUCAGAUCACUAUACUCUUAUCUAUGAUGGAAAAGUACUUGAAGAUGAUGGGAUUGUAUCCUCACUCAAUAUUUCAAAUAAGUCAACCCUUCAUUUGGUUUACAAUCCAAAAGAUGUCUUACCAAUUUAUGUGAGAGUAGGGACAGGAGAGAUCUUGAAACUUGAACUUAAACUCCUGUUUACCACUCGUGAUGUCAAAGCAAUAGCUGGGAGCAUGAUAGGUGUCCAGAUGAAUGAUUGGGAUCUGAUCUAUGCUGGGAAAAAACUUGAAGACUGCAAAACCUUGGCUUCUUAUGACAUCAAAGAAGGAACUAUCUUAGAGAUGUUUCCUGCUGUGAUCCAGAUAUUUGUCAAGACAUGGAGUGGGAAGACCAUUACUCUUGAUGUGAAACAACAAUCUACCCUCGGGGAUGUCAAGGACAAGAUUUUUCAGAAACUGAGGAUUCCUGGUCAUCAUCAGAGCAUUGUGUUCGCUGGAAAAAGGCUUGAAGAUAACCGUGAUCUAGCAAGUUAUGGUGUCCAGAUGCAUUCCACUCUCAGUAUGGUUUUUUCGCCUUCACAAAGAAUCAUUCCGAUGCAAUUAAAUCAUAUUGGGAACCCAAUACAAAAGUUUACUACCAUUCGCAUUUUGAAGUCUAUGAUUGAGAAGAAAAUGCGAUCUCCUGUGAAGGAAAUAUACUUUAAUGGACUAGCAUUGCGGGAUGACCGUUCACUGGCAGAUUACAGGAUUAACAGUGAUGCAAAAAUAAAGGUUGUCAUGUAUCAACAGUAAAGGUUAACCCUGUAAUGGAAUCUGCAUGCAUCCGGAAACAUUAUCUAGACCUAUCAUAUGAUGAAGUGUUCUUGAAAUCUAUAGGACUGUGCUGUAGAUGGUAAAGAUAUUUGAACAGAGAUAAUUUAGUGACUGGGUUGUGGUGGAUUUUUACAUAUGAAUUUGGUGAAAUUUUAUGCAUAAGUAAAUAGAUUGGUACAUGAUAA